ACGUAAUUAAUAUUCAUAUGCCAAGCCUUUCGCAGAGUAGGAUUGGUAAUAUCGCCACCCGGAAGUCCAAUUUAGAAAUGUUUGUCAGAGCUUUUUGCUUAAAUCUCGAGUUUUUGGCAUUUCGUGUGACGAUCAGGCAUGGAGUCUGAGCGCACAUCGGCUUAUGGCAAUAACACAAAUGUAGAUUUUACACAAAGCACUGACGAUGACCCUCUCAUUGAUGGACCACUUGUAUCCCAAGAUGCACUUGAGUCAGUUAUCAAGAGAGAGUUUCAGAAAUUGCCCACUCAUUGGGCAGUGGGUGUCCUCUCGUUUUUACACGUGGUUUAUGUGGUGCUGUCUAUUGCAAUCACAGUAUUUUGCUGGAUAUCUGAUGAGCACACACCUCAGUGCACUGCGGCAUUGCAGGGGAUCGACUCCAAGACUGUGGUGUUACUGGGAAAAGUUGCACUCUGGGUGAUGGUCUUUAUAUAUGACAGAUUUGUCCAGCAUCACCAUGGCGCUGUGAGACGGAGAGGUUACCUGGACUUCUACAGGUUGACCCGAGGAAUAAAAAACCUUCCCCUGCUCAUUCACUCUGCAGGUAAUGCCUUGAUCCUGACUGUAGUUGCUCCAUCCUCUCUGCUGGAUGCAAGUGUGAAGAAUCUGUCUGUAUAUCUUAUGUUGUCCAUCAUCUGUCUGGAACUACUGCUGUCACUUAUAUGCUUGCUUAAAUAUGCAGUACAUGUGCUGAAGUUUAAUAGCAAGAAGCCACAUCCUGAUAUAACUGAACAGGAGCGAUCUCAUGGCUGCUCCAGCGAAGCGCAUACCGAGACAGGUUUCAGGGACGGCUCCAGUCUGGAGGAUGUGGUGGAAAAGCAGGCCGACCUGAUUGAUUACCUCAAACAGCACAACAGCGUUCUGAGCAGGAGGAUCCUCACGCUGACCGACCAGCAGAUCAGAGCCUGACACAUGCAAACAGAGAGAGUGACUCAGAACUGUUUGUGCUUAUGAUGGGGUCUGAAGCGUUGCGUGUGAGUUUGUGCGAGCGUGCCUAUCUUGACUGGCAUCGGCAGCCAUGGCUCACUGAUCAGAAGACUUUUUAGUGGGAAACGAACCUUGGUAACCUCUCUAACGACGCUCUCAUGUUUCCAUGACGACAAGUCUGAAUAGACAAUGGCCUGCAAUUAGGAAGUCAAAAACCUCUGCUGCAGAAAUGUUCUGUAAAGAUGCUCAUCAUGAGUUUGUGGGAUAGCGUGAUCUUAUCAAACUAAAAGCUUUAUUGUGUAACUUAGGUUUCUCUGUGUGCAUGUGUGUGAGAGCAUGAGUAAGAGGGUACAGUGAUAGAGUUAAUUGUGUACUUAAUUUGGUUUCUUUAGGGCAUCAUUUGGCUUUGUGGGUCAGUGCUUUUGUGUGAAAGAAUUGUGUUGGAACGAUGUUUCUGGUGUGUGUGUGUGUGUGUGUUGGAGCCACAGAUGUUUUGAACUACUGUCUUUUUAUGUAAAGUAGUGUGAAUAAAAUUGAUUGAAACUUUUUGGGAAUAAAAUUUUAACACAUUUUAUUGAA